UUGUAACAAGUCAACCGCGUCUCGCUGUCUUCCUUUCCUCUCUGACAAAACUUCACACACACACACAAUCGCCUCUGAAUUACUAUUCUGCCCCUCCCUUCUCCCCUUCCAUACCAUUAAAUCCACACUUCUCCGCCCUCUCCCCACUCUCCCAUCCCAAUCGCUCGGAAUGGCGCAGACUCAAACAUCCUCUCUCUCCCAGUUUCGGCUGAGUAGCUCCGGUGACUUGGCACCCGGAAACGCCGAUGAUUCGGGUCACCCUGGGUCGAACUCCGCCAAAUACAAGCUCAUGUCGCCUGCCAAGCUCCCGAUCUCGAGGUCUGCGUGCAUCACGAUCCCACCCGGGCUUAGCCCGACGUCGUUCCUUGAGUCCCCCGUGCUUCUCUCCAACAUGAAGGCAGAGCCCUCUCCGACCACCGGUUCCUUUAUGAAGCCUCAAGCGGUCCAUGGCCCUGCUAGUUCUGCUGCACAUCCGGUAACUACAGUUUGCACCAACACCAAUUCCUUCAAUGAAAGAAAUCCCAGCUGCUUCGAAUUUAAACCUCAUGCCACAUCAAAUAUGGUUCCUGCAGAUCUGAACCACCAUAGAAAUGAACAAUCUAUCCAAGUCCAAGGUCAGUGCCAACCUCACGCCUUUGCAUCAUCAGCAUCAGUGAAAAAUGAGAUGGCAGUUUCCUCAAACGAGUUGAGUCUUUCAUCACCAAUUCACAUGGUAACUUCAGGGGCUAGUGCACCGGCUGAAGUUGAUUCAGGUGAACUAAACCAUAGAGGAACCCUAAAUACUGGGUUUCAAACUUCACAAUCUGAUUCUAAAGGAGGUGGAAUUUCUGCUGUUGCCGAGAGGCCAUCGGAUGAUGGAUAUAACUGGCGAAAGUAUGGACAGAAACUUGUUAAAGGAAGUGAAUUUCCACGUAGCUAUUACAAGUGUACACAUCCUAACUGUGAAGUAAAAAAGCUGUUUGAGCGCUCUCACGAUGGACAGAUUACUGAGAUUAUCUACAAGGGUACACAUGAUCAUCCUAAACCCCAGCCGAGCCGUCGGUAUACUUCUGGUACCAUGAUGACUGUCCAAGAAGAAAGAUCUGAUAAGGCUCCAUCUUUAACUGGUCGAGAUGAAAAGUCUGGCAUCUAUGGACAAAUAUCCCAUGCAGUUGAGCCAAAUGGUACUCCUGACCUAUCUCCUGUCAUGGCAAAUGAUGAUAGUCUAGAUGGUGCUGGUUCAACUCCAAAUAGGAUCAAUGAUGAUGUUGAGGAUGAUGAUUUAUUCUCCAAACGGAGGAAAAUGGACAUUGGUGGGCUUGAUGUCACUCCAGUGGUUAAGCCUAUCCGGGAACCACGUGUAGUUGUCCAAACUCUUAGUGAGGUAGAUAUACUGGAUGAUGGCUAUCGCUGGCGCAAAUAUGGGCAGAAAGUGGUCAGAGGUAAUCCUAAUCCAAGGAGCUACUACAAGUGUACAAAUGCUGGAUGCCCUGUUAGAAAACAUGUGGAGAGGGCAUCUCAUGAUCCCAAAGCAGUUAUAACCACAUAUGAGGGAAAACAUAAUCACGAUGUGCCUACUGCAAGGACAAGUAGCCAUGACACAGCAGGACACACAGCUGUGAGUGGACCGUCAAGGAUUAUUAGAUCAGAAGAAAGUGAUACCAUUAGCCUUGAUCUUGGGGUUGGGAUCAGCUCAGCUGUUGAAAAUAGGUCCAACGAGCCCAGGCAGGCACAUCAUUCUGAAAUUCUGGGAGUCCAAUCUCACCCUAGCAAUUCAAAUUUUAAGGUGUUUCAAGCAACCCCAGUUUCGGCAUAUUUUGGUGUUCUAAGUACCGGCUUAAGUCGAUAUGGAUCUAGAGAAAAUCCAAGUGAAGGCCGAAAGAUUGAAAUUCCACCUUUAAACCAUUCCUCUUACCCAUUUCCACAGAACAUGGGAAAGAUACUGACGGGUCCAGUAAAGCUGACGAAUGUGGUUAGCCGGGCCGGAACAUGUGGAAAGAGAAGUGACAAGGAUAUAAUGGAACGUGAGCCUGUCCAUUGCACGGCAACUCCGAUUCGCAAGGCGAUUUUCUGCCAGACGCGAACAUUACUUUAUGGGCUGAACACUGGAGACCCAUCAAGAAACAUCGUUGAGCUCAUCUUUCAAAGAGCGUCCACGAACCCUUCUAAGCCAUCAAGAAAGAUAAAAACUGUCCUCAAGGUGAAGAAUUCCGUAGAAAUUCUCGACAGGUUUGAAGAAUAUAGAGAGAAGGUGAAGAAGAAAGCCUACGAGAGAUAUAAAAGGAAUCCAAGAAGCACGGUGGACGGGAACGAGCUGUUACGAUUCUAUGGCUCUACUAUGGUUUGCUGCAGUGGCAAGUCAAAGCGAGUAUCUGAACUGUGUAAAAAUCCCACUUGUGAAGUCUGCAGGAUUAUAGAAUCUAACUUUGACACAGAUCGCACCAGAAGAUAUGGUGUCCGUUUGAGCACUGGUAGUGACGACUCGAGUGAGAACAUGAUUGCCACUACAAGGGUGAAAAAUAUAAAGAGGGCUGUCAUAGUUUGCAGGGCUAUUGCUGGGAGCAUAGGUAAUAUGUGGGAUGGGGAAUAUGAAGGUUUUGAUUCAGUGGGGAGUGGGCUGCUUUCUAACUUGGAGUGCUUGAUAGUGCCAAAUCCAAAUGCCAUACUUCCCUGUUUCAAAUUUUGCAGCUAUACCAAAGAUUCUUCAGCUAUUAGGCAGCCAAUCCAUCACUUUCCUGAUUUGAAAUCGAUAAGAUUGGACCACAGAGUCACAGGACAACUGAAAGCUGGUUUUCCCAAGUACGAGAGGAGAACAGGAAAAACAUAUGCAAUUAUAUGUGGUAUUGGUAGAGAAGCAAGAAAAAUGACGGCUUUUCUCUAUCUGUAUCCGUUCAAUACCAACCUCUGCACUCCUUUGAACUUCUCAGUUUCGCACUUGACCGUACAGUCCCUCUCAAAUUUUAUUGGAGGAGGAGGAAUUGUUAAGCGGAGGGGCAGCACGUGCAGGUUCGUGGCGCUGUCGACGCACUCGACCCCUAGGAUCCUCAAGUCCAACCGGAAAUCGCGCUACGGCCACCUACUUUCGCCGUUCGAUACUGACGACGAAGAUUUUGAUGAUGAAGACGACGAGGUGAAGGAUGAUUCUUCGGGGCCCAAUGAUAACUUUGCCAAAACUGCAGAAUUUGAUGUUAAGGGAAAGAGAUUGAAGUCCCAGAACGAGCAUGAAGCAAGAAAAGGUAAACAGAGACAACCAGAGAGAGACUGGAGCUUCAGAGCAUCCAAAUCUGGACAAAGCCUCAAAAUUGACAAAGAUCAAUUGGAUGCGAGAAAUGACGAGAACACCAUACUAAGGAGUGGCAUUGGAGAUUCCUAUCAUGAUUUCAAUGAAACAGAGGAAAUCAGAUCCUUAGAUAUGAAUGGCAGAGGGAAGUUGAUCACAAGGAAAUCCAUGGAGAAAAAAUAUCCUCGGCUAUGUGAAGAAAUAGAUUUUGAUAAAAAAUGGUUGCCCCUUCUUGAUUACUUGACCACAUUUGGCCUUAAGGAAUCACACUUUAUACAAAUGUAUGAAAGGCACAUGCCUUCCCUUCAAAUUAAUGUGUGUUCUGCACAAGAAAGGUUGGAAUACUUGUUGAGUAUUGGUGUCAAACAUCGAGAUGUGAGAAGAAUACUUUUGAGGCAGCCGCAAAUUUUGGAGUACACAGUAGAGAACAAUUUGAAGUCCCAUGUUUCUUUCUUGAUGGAUUUGGGCAUUCCAAGUUCCAGAGUAGGGCAGAUAAUUUCAGCUGCGCCAUCUCUAUUUUCUUACAGUGUUGAGAACUCAUUGAAACCCACAGUUAGAUACUUGGUUGAGGAGGUCGGCAUCAAGGAAAAAGCUUUAGGUAAAGUCAUACAGCUUAGCCCUCAAAUCCUGGUCCAACGCAUUGACAUAUCAUGGAAUGCUCGUUAUACAUUUCUGUCAAAGGAAUUGGGAGCACCAAGAGAUAGUAUAGUCAAAAUGGUAACUAAACAUCCUCAGUUCCUCCAUUACAGUAUUGAUGAUGGAUUACUGCCUAGGAUCAAUUUCCUGAGGGGUAUAGGGAUGCGUAAUUCUGACAUCUUGAAAGUUUUGACCAGCCUUACACAGGUAUUAUCCCUAUCAUUGGAGCAGAAUCUGAAGCCUAAGUAUAUGUACUUGAUCAAUGAACUUCGUAACGAGGUGCAUUCCUUGACAAAAUAUCCUAUGUACUUAAGUUUGUCUUUGGACCAGAGAAUUCGUCCUCGCCAUAGAUUCUUGGUUGCGCUUAAGAAAGCUCCAAAGGGGCCAUUUCCUCUCAGUUCACUGGUUCCAACUGAUGAAUGUUUUUGUCAGCAGUGGGCUGGAACCAGUUUGGAUAAGUAUUUGGCUUUUCGGCAGAGACUACUACUCAAGGAGUUUGCAAAGAAAUACGAAAAGAAAGGAUAACACUGCCCUCUCUAUUGUGUUCCUGGCUUAUGAUACAAGUAUUUGAAUAGCAGUCUCUUCGUUAACUUCGGCAACCAAAAACUUCUUUUUGUUUAAUUUCACUGAGGUUUUGGUGAAUCUCAGCAUCUUUGACUUUUGUUAGCCUCUAGUAAGCAAAUGCUAUGCCAUGGUUUGGCAAAGAGGUACUCAGCGCUGUAAUUGGUGCUGAAGCUGCUCUGGUGGCAGAGUUGAUGUUUGCAUUCUCAGUUGAAGGCGAGAGUUAUUUUCUAAGUUCUGGCUAUCUAAAGGCGAGACGGCAUCAUCUAAAAGUCUGUUACGUGAAAGAGUUUUAGAUCCUUGAACCAGAAAGUGAAUGAAAAUGGAAGUCGCAUGUUGUUCCAACGAUGCGGUUUACAAGCGACAGAUAGUGGAGGAUAUAUGCGGGAGUUUCUUCUUCCUUUCUUUAUUUUUUCCUAAGCUGUAUAUAUUUUGGAGUUAAGACCCCAUUUGAUAGUCCCCAUGAAUGAUUUUGUCAAUGUAAAAGGUUGUAUUAGUUGAUUGCUACAUUUUGCAUCUGUGCUUCUCCAGCCAUUUGCUUGCUAUCCGUUCUAGGAAGAACUGAUAUGUUUUCCUAGCAGAUGGCAUGCUUUUUUUUUCCCCCUUUUUAAGCAUUUUAGUAUGUUAACGAAAAUUUGCUUGGAAUAAUAAGGUAUCUCUGUCUGCAGGUUUUAUUUGUUUA